UCUCUCUCCUCAAGACCUCUUUUCUAAUGGCGGCCGAGAUUGUCGGAAAUAAUCUCGAAAUGGCGAUGGAGAUUCUGUCGCAUCUUCCACCGGAGACUCUCCUCCGAUUUAAAUCUGUCCAGAAGUCCUGGGACACUCUUGGAUUUGGGUACGAUGCAAAUUCUAGGGAUUUUAAAGUGGUCAGGGUUGUGCAUGUUUUGGAAAUGUUUGGAUUUUUUCUUUAUAUGAGAAUGGAAAUUUAUGAUUUGAGUAAAGAUAGAUGGAGAGAAAUUGAAGCCCUAGAUAAUGACUCUUAUGCCUCUAUAACUUGGAUGCCUUGGUCUGAAUUGUAUCACGAAGGAACAUAUUACUGGUAUUCGCAUCGAGAAACAAAUGAUAUGACAAAUGGUGAAGCUUUACAGUCUUUCGAUAUGGGCAAAGAGGUUUUUAGCAGAAUUUUGUUGCCGGAGAGUUUCAAUAUCAAAGAGGAGGGGUGGGAGAAGCGUAGGAGUUUCGGGAUUUUGAAUGGAUCCAUUGUUGUCUUCCAUUAUCCAGCGGAAAUGAUUGAAAAAAUAUUUGAUGUUUGGGAGAUGAGGAAGGAGGCUGAAACGGAUGUUGUAUUGUGGUCAAAGCUCUUGACAAUUGGUCCUGUUUUUAGAAUUGAUAAGCCAUUGUUGUUUUUGAGUUCAGAUGAAGUUUUAAUGGAGGAUAAUGAAGGACGUGAUUUCGUAUAAUAUUAUGCCUAUUGAAGGUCUUUCCCACAAGCUUCAAGCUACUUUUUUUGGUGAAGAGUUUGGUGUCUACAAAAGGAGGAAGAAGCAGCUGUAUUAGAUUUUAAAUUUUUUUAAUUAUAUUUAUUUUUAUUAUUUUAGAGGACUUUUUUAACAAUAGUAUGUAAAUUAUGUGCCAAGUUUUAGGAACGAAAUUAUGUGCGGGUUUUAGGAACCGUUA